AGUGCAGAGCAAGCUGGUGGUUAAAACACAGCAAUAAGGCUGAGCACACUGGCAACUUCUUGUAUUGGAGCUCAGAGCCACAGAGAAAGAAGGACAAGCCAAAGCAUUUAAAUGGCAAAUAUUGUCACAUCAGCUUGCUGUGUGGUGUUAGCUGCAGUGGUGGUAGUCUACGCUCAGAGGCGCAGCCAGCAGGGAGGCAGGAUCCAGUAUGAGAUGAUCGGCAGCGAUGUGACCAUGAUGUGCGCUACGCUGGAGAGCGACGCCUCAGUCACAUGGAAGGUGAAUGGCACAGAUGUGAAGGCUGACAAAGUAGAGGGUCCCAGACUCAUUCUGAAAGAGGUAGCCUUGGCUAGUAAUGCUCUCUACAGCUGCUUUGAGAAUCCUGCUGGAGACCUCAAGGAUCAAAUAACACUCAGAGUUGGAGAGCCUCCAAAGGAACCUGUUGUGACAUGUCGAUCAAACACAUACCCAAAGGGUUUCUACUGCACCUGGCAUCUGCCUCGCCCAUCGUACAUCCCCACCGAGUUUGAAGUCUCUGUAAAACAUGGAAACAAGAAACUUGAAGUCCAGAAAGAUACAGUCCAUAAGAACCGGUGCCACGUGAAAUACCCUGAGCUAUUCUCCACCAACAAGUACAAAGUGAAUGUUGUAGCAAUCAAUGCGCUGGGGAACUCCUCUACAUACAUAUCAUUUGAUGAGUUUUCCAUAGUGAAACCAGACCCUCCAGAAAAGCUUGUAGCCAACCCAGUUCCUAAUAAUGUUCGAAGACUGGAAGUUACAUGGAACAAUCCCUCAACAUGGCCGGACGUUGAAAAUUUCCCCCUCAAGUACUUCCUGAGGUACAGGCCUCUAAUUCUCGACCAGUGGCAGCAUGUGGAGCUGUCAGACAGCACCUCGCACACCAUCACUGACGCAUAUGCAGGGAAGGAGUACAUUAUUCAGGUCGCCGCCAAAGACACUGAGAUAGGGACCUGGAGUGACUGGAGUGUCGCCAUCCAUGCGACUCCCUGGAUGGAGGUGCCGAGGCAACAGAUAACCACUACUACAGAAGUCGGAAUCGCUGAAACCAGUCCGUCCCCAGCUCCACCAUCAGCAAAGCCUCAGCUGAGCGCCGCAAUGGGAGGCAGUUCUGUACUGACUUGGUCAGCGAAUCUCUUCAUAGCUUCUGUCCUUGUUUUGUUUAUGUGUUGGUGCUGAGACGUUCCAGCGGGCAUUUACCAUUUAUUAGAGACCGCUAAGCUGGAAGCUGAUUGGCUGAUGAUGUCUGUGUUGCAUUCCUGUGGAAUAAAUUGAGAAAAGUCUUCUAUUUCUAUUUUGCACAUGUUUAAAUGGAUAUAGUGCAUUAAUACUUUAUUCAGUUUCUUCAAAAUGGACUCCAAAAAAAAAAUUAAAAGAAAUAGAAGCAAAAUUAUGCCCGAAAAGCUAUGUAGACACAGGAUUAAACUUAGCAGGGAAGCAAAAGCGUUAUAGAGCCACAAAGGAAAUUAUAUUAUACAUAUGCUUCAUCACGAGAGACAAGAUUAUUAUUUUGCCGUUCAACCAUUCUGGAAAGAAGGAAACAUCCUAAAUUAAGUAACUUGUUAGUAACACUAACAGCUACAUACAGCUAACUCAUCAUGCCAAAGACUUUACAUGGAUUCUGCUUACCCAUAAUGCUCUGCUUUCCAGAACCUGAACCUGUGUAGUAAGGACAAACCCUGACUAGAAGAACAACUGCCAACAUGGCUAUGUCCAUGGUAACAUGACUGUAACAUUUUUUGAGAGUGGGAUUUUACCUUUGUAUUUCUCAUGAAUAUUUAAAAUAAAUAUUUUUUUGUACUUAACAACCAGCCCCCAUUAGUGUAAUCCAAAUAUGAAGAAGUUGUGAAAUCCUGUUUAACAUGUCUGGCACGGACUGCAAUUGUUUGUUUGUUUGUUUAUUAUUAUUAUUAUUAU